AUGCCCGCGCGCCUCGGGCGUUCUGCCGCCCCCGGGGGUGACCCGCUCCCGCUGCUCGCUUCUCUCCCAGACGAGCCGCUGCCGGAGCCCUCCGAGGGCCGGCUCCCGGACCGGACCCCGGCACCCACGGUGGAAGCCGCGCCCGCGCCAGGAGCCCCGGGGACCGGCUGCCCCCGCGCCGUCUCGGCCCCGGCCGCCACGCCCGCCGGGCCGCCCGGGGCCUCCCCCGCCGGGGCGGGGGGGGACGGGUCCGGCGGCGAAGCCUCCGGCGGCGAGGACGGGCGGUCGGUCGGGGCCGAGUCCUCUGCCGGCCCCGUCGGGCCCCUCGCCGCCCCGUCCUCCGGGGCCGUGCGCCCGUCGGCCCCGGUGUCCGGCGUGGGCCCCGAGCUCCACGGCCCCGACGCUCGGGCCGCGUCACCCUGCCCCCCGCCUCCGUACGGCUCCGGCUCCGCACCGACGCGCCGGCCGCGUCGCCCGGCCGGCCCCCGGACCCGGCGGAAGCGGGGAACGGGGCAGCCGGUCCGCCGGCGGGAGGGGACGAUGGCGGAGAGCGGCGGUCGGCGCCCGGCGGCCCACCGGGCUCCUCGGCCCGGCCGGCGGCGGGGGGACUCCGGCCGGGAGCCCCGGGGCGCCCCCACGACCCCUCCCGUGGGGUGGACCGGCGGCCUCAGCCUCUUCCCCGGAAUCGCCCCCACCUUGGAUCCCACCCGGCCACCGGCCGCUCCUCUGUCCGCCUCCCUCUCCGUCCGGUCAGCCGGGACAUGGGCCUCCCCCUCCGCGAGCCCUCCCGAGCGGCCCGGCCCGCCCCCCGCCUCCGGCCCCCCGACCCCUUGCGCGCUCUGCGGCCCCCCGCCGGCCCCCGGCCCGUCGGCCGGCCCCGGGGAGCGCGAUGCCGGGUCCGGGGACGACCUCGGGACGCCGACCUCGGCUCCGGGGCGGGCGGGCCCGGCGCGGCGGCCCCGGCCGGAAACGGAGUCGCUGGAGGAGGCGUGGGAGCCGGGGGGCGAUGCCUUUGAUUCCUCGUUCCCCUCGAGACCCGGCGUCCGGUCCUCCUCCCGGCCGGCGGGGGAACCGUGGCCGACCGCGACCCCCGCGGCGGCGACCGGGGCCGGUCCGGCGGGAGACCGGACCGCCCGGAUCUCCGCCUCCUUCGCCCGGCCAGAGGCGGGGACCCUCGCGGACUCCGCUUCCCGAGGCGUCCUGGCUUCCGAGGCCGAAGCGUCGGGCUCGGCGACGGGCGUCCCGUCCGUCCCGUCCGUGCUCCCCUCGGCGCCCCCCGGCAGUCGCCGGGACCUGGGGGUCUCCGGCUGGGCCGACGGGACCCCGCCGCCCGGCGCCACGGGGGCCGGAGAGCCGUCCGCCUCUCCCGGCCCGGCUCCUUUCGCCGAGAUCCCGCCGUUCUCCCUCCGAGGGGCCGCCGGGGUUUCCGAAGGGGGACCGGGACGCGGCCCGGAUUCCGCCCCCGGCCCUCCCCGGACGGCCUCCCCGGAGCCUCCGGGGGCGGCCUCGGCAGCCUCCGGUGGACCGGCCCGGGGCCCCCCGGCCGGGACCCCGGUCCUUCCCUGGCCCGCGCGGACCGCCGACCUCUACGGUUCAGACGUUCCCUCCGUUCCGACCGACGCGGGUUCGGAGCUCCCCCCGUCACGGACCGGCCCCGCCUCCGGCCCCCUCGCCGUCCCAGAAACGGCUCCGACGCCGGUCCCGGAUUCAGGAGCCCUGUCGGCCUCCGCCUGGAAGGCGGCCGCCUCCGCCGCCCCGGAGUCUUCGCCGGCCUUCCCUGCAUCCCGGGGGCCUCCGUCCGAAGGGACGCGUCCCCGGGCGGUCCCCUCCCGCGGCCUCUCUGAGGACGACGCCCCCGGGCCCUCCUCUCCCUCGGCCGCCCCCGUCCGGACGGAGGGGCCGGCCUCCCCCCCGCCCCCGCGGCCCGCGGGCGGAGGCCCUCGGCCCGCGUCCCCCGGGCCCCCCCUCUCUGGGAUCCUGCCCGGUCGGGAGCUGGGGGUCUCGAGCGGACCCUGGCCGCCGUCGCCCUCCCCGCCCGUCCCCGAGGUGACCCCCUCGUCGUCCCCGUCGGGCUUGGAGGCCUCCUCCGGGGGCCCCGCCCUGGGCCACCUCUCCGUUGCCCCCGGCGUGGCCGGCGUGGCCAGCGUCACGCCCGCGUUGACCGCCACCCCCGGCGUCGGCCCGGGGGACCCGGGACCGACCCUCGGAACCCCGAGCGCCCCGCCCCUCCCGUCCACGGGAGCCUCCGGGACCCCGGCCCUCCUACCCUCGGUGACCCCCAGCGCCCCGCCCCUCCCGUCCCCGGGGGCCGCCGGCACUCCGCCCCGCCCGUCCCGCCCCUCUCCCAUCCCCGGGAUCCCCCGGCACCCCACCCUUCCCGUCCCCGGGGGCCCCCGGGAGCUCACCUCUCCCAUCCCCGGGAGCCCCCGGCACCCCACCCUUCCCGUCCCCGGGGGCCCCCGGGAGCUCCCCUCUCCCAUCCCCGGGAGCCCCCGGCACCCCACCCUUCCCGUCCCCGGGGGCCCCCGCUCACCUCUCCCAUCCCCGGGAACCCCCGGCGUGCCCGGCCCAGUCAUCGUAACUCCGACCCCGGCCGCCACCCGACAGCCGUACGUGUGUGACAUCACCGUCCCCGACGCUUACCUCAUCACCGCCGUCUUGGCGCGCAGAGCGGUGCAGGAGUACAUCAUCAUGGCCAUCAAGGAAGUGCUCAGGCUCCAGUUCGGCCGGGCCGUGGAGCUGGAGGUGUACGAGAUCUUCCCCGAGUUCUCCUUCCUGGUGACCUCGGGCCCGUUCGUCUACACGGCCAUCGCCGUGGUCAACGUCCUGAUCAACAGCAGCCUGGUGCGUCACCGCACCCCCCUCAUCCUGUCGGUGCAGCCCGCUUUCUCCGUGCCCAGCGCCCGCUACCAGGUGCAGACCGUGCUGCAGUUCGUGCCGCGCGGCAUGGACCCGCGCUUCUGCAACUUCACGCAGCGGGUGGAGCGGGGCCUGCGCACGGCGUUCGCGGAAGUGAGGAAGCAGCAGCGGGAGACGCACGACUUCACGGUGCAGAUCCUGAACGUGACCGUGGGGACCCCCUGGACGGGCCCCCGCCAGGGCCCCGUGAGCGUGGUCUUCGCGGUCCGCGGCCGGGACGGCUUCCUGAACGGCUCGGAGGUCAGCGAGCUGCUGCGCAACCUGAGCCGGGUCGAGUUCAGCUUCUAUCUGGGCUUCCCCGUCCAGCAGAUCGCCGAGCCUUUCCAGUACCCGCAGCUUAACGUCUCACACCUGAUGAAGUCAUCGUGGGUGAGGACAGUUCUCCUGGGAGUGAUCGAGCGACGGCUGCAGAGCGACGUCUUCCGGGCCGAAAUGGAGCGCAAGCUGGCCCGGGUGCUGAGCGAGGCCCUGGCCGGCCGGCGGCUGUGGAGACGGGCCAGCUUCGCCGGGAGCCGGGUGGUGCAGGUGGUGAACGUGUCCCGGCUGGAGGGGGACGACAGCCCGGUGCAGCUGGUCUACUUCGUGGAGGACCAGGACGGCCAGAGGCUCGGGGCCGCCGCCGCCUCCGGACUCAUCAACCGCGUCGACCUCCAGAGAGCCGCCAUCAUCCUCGGCUACCGCAUCCGAGGCUCCCUCGCCCAGCCCUUGGACCGAGCGAGGGGACUCCCCCCCGAGUCCCGGAGCAACAACCUGUGGAUCGUGGUCGGCGUGGCGGGGCCCGCCGUGGUCGUCGUGGCCGUCUUGGUCAUCCUCUACUGGAAACUCUGCCGCACCGACAAGCUGGACUUCCAGACUGACCCCAGCGGCAACGUCCAGCCCCGCCAGAAGCUGCAGGUCCCCAGCGUCAAGGGCUUUGACUUCGCCAAGCAGCACCUGGGCCAACACAGCAAGGACGACAUCCUGACCCUCCAGGAGCCGGACGCCCCGCCGCCGCCCGGCCCGGGGAAGGAGCCCGCGCCGCCCCCCUCCGAGAACGGGGAGGUGGCCGGCCCCGCGGGGAACCCGGCCGCCAAGGCCCCGCCGCCGACCCGUCGCCGCGGGAGAGUGUCCCCGUCGGACGCGGACUCCUCGGAGAGCGAGCCGUCGAGCGAGAGGGAAGCCACGGACGAGGCGGCCGGCCUCCCGGCCCCGGCGGCCAGAGCCUCCCGAGAGCCCAAAAGCGGCCCGCUGGUUUCUGGGGGCGGGAACGAGCUUCCAUCCUCGGCGUCCCUCUUCGAGCACGUGGACCGGAUGCCCCGGGCCCCCGAGCCCGCCCGGAGGCUCCCCGGGAAGAUCCAGCUGAUCGCCAUGCAGCCGAUCCCGGCCCCGCCGCUGGCCGACCCGGCCCUGUCGGACCGCGUCGCCGAGACCAAUAAGAUGAACAAGGAGAUUCAGACCGCGCUGCGGCACAAGUCGGAGAUCGAGCACCACCGCAACAAGAUCCGGCUGCGGGCCAAGCGGCGUGGCCACUAUGAGUUCCCCGUGGCAGACGACCUGGCGUCCGGCGACUCCCGCGAGCGGCACCGCGUCUACCGCAAGGCCCAGAUGCAGAUCGACAAGAUCCUGGACCCGGGGGCCGGCGUGCCCAGCGUCUUCAUUGAGCCCAGGAAGAGCUCCCGGGCCAAGCGUUCCCCCAAGCUACGGCGACGCCACCCGGCCGCUAGCGGCGGCCCCGCCGACGCCGAGCGCGACCGCCUCCUCACCACCGACAGCGACGGCACCUGCAAGCGGCCCCCCGGCGUCCACAACUCCGCCUACGUCUCGGACCCCGACCUCCCCGCCGAGCCGCGGACCCCUUCCUCCGAGGACCCCGGGGGGGAUGCGGACCGGCCCGGCGGCCCGUCCCAGUACGUCCCGCCCCGCCCGUCCAUCGAAGAGGCUCGCCACACCAUGCACUGCCUCCUGGAUGACGCCUUCGCCCUGGUGGCCCCCGGCGGCCCCUGCGCCACGCCCCCCGUGGCCCGGGCCCCCCCGGCCAGCCACGGCACCCCCGGAGCCGAAGGGAGGCGAGCCGGCCCGUGGGGUCCCGCGUCGGUGGCCCACAACCCCAGCCACCGCUACGACGGCUACGGUCUGACGCCCCAGCCGGCUCCAGCCCCGGCCCAGAGGCCCGGUUUCGGUCCCGGCUUCCUCCCACCCCCCGAGCCCCAGCAGCCGGCGCCGGGUGCCCCCUUCGCCACCCGCGGGGUUCCCGUCGAGCAGCUGCCAUCCGUGGCCCGACCCCGGCCCAUCGGGGGCGCCACAGGGCCCCAGGCGCAGCAGCUCGUCCCGCUGGACCUCCCCGGCCGCGUCGGAGCCCAGCCCGCGGACGUCCCGACCGGAAGAGCCGGGCCCGGCCAGUGCGGGGGGCCGGGCUGGCCCUCGCUCGGUGGCCGGGAGCAGGGAGUGAGGAGAGGAGAGGCCAGCUGUGUGCUGGGAGUCCAAGAAUACCCUUCCUCCUCCCUGUUUCCGGGGCCCAGGACGCUAGCGCGGGAGCCCUCGGCCCCCACGGCCCACCGGGGUCCCGGCCUCUCCCCCGGCACCGCGGCGGACCCACCCCCGGCCCACUCCUCGGCCUCCCUGAUCAAAGCCAUCCGCGAGGAGCUGUUGCGCUUGGCCCAGAAACAGAGCGUGGGGGCUCCCUUCCACAGCUGACUGCCCCGGCCGGGGCUCCAUCCGCUUCCCGUGGAAGCAAGGCGGCCGGGAGCCCCCGCUGCCGGGAACUGCCCGGGCCCCGCGGGGCUCCGCUUCCU